CAUGGCUUCUCCUUCAUUCUCAUCAUUCUUCUUCUCGUUCUUCAUCCUCUUCUCACUACUGCCAGCUCCAUCACAUGCUGGUGGAUCUUUCGGAAUCAACUAUGGAAGAGUAGCCAAUGACCUACCACCAGCGUCCAAGGUGGUGGAGCUUCUCAAGUCUCAAGGUCUCGCUCGUGUGAAGCUCUACGACACUGACGCCGACGUCCUCACCGCCCUAGCAAACUCCAGCAUUUCCGUCGUCGUCGCUCUCCCAAACGAGUUACUCUCCGCCGCUGCCGCAGAUCAAUCAUUCACCGACGCCUGGGUCCAAGCCAACAUCUCACGCUACUACCCCGCCACCCCAAUCGAAGCCGUCGCCGUCGGGAACGAAGUCUUCGUCGAUCCAAAGAACACUACACAGUUCCUCGUACCCGCCAUUAAGAACGUUUACGCUUCUCUGGUUAAGCAAAACAUAAGCACUAAUAUUAAAGUUUCUUCCCCCAUAGCUCUCUCCGCCCUGCAAUCAUCAUACCCGAGUUCAGCCGGAUCCUUCAAGUCCGAAUUAAUCGAACCCGUGAUCAAGCCCAUGUUGGAUUUCCUUCGCGAAACAUCGUCGUAUCUGAUGGUAAACGCGUAUCCAUUCUUCGCUUAUGCUGCGAAUGCUGAUAAGAUCUCUCUGGACUACGCACUGUUCAAAGAGAACCCGGGUGUGGUGGAUUCGGGUAACGGGUUGACAUAUUACAGCCUGUUCGACGCUGAGAUCGACGCCGUUUUCGCGGCCAUGUCGGCCUUGCAAUACGACGACGUAAAGAUGGUCGUGACAGAGACGGGGUGGCCCUCCAAGGGAGAUGAGGACGAAGUUGGGGCCAGCGAGGACAAUGCGGCGUCGUAUAAUGGCAACCUCGUGCGCCGGGUGUUAAAGAGAAGUGGGACCCCCUUGAGGCCAAAUGACCCACUGAAUGUUUUCCUCUUCGCUUUGUUCAACGAGGACGAGAAACCGGGUCCCACAUCGGAGAGAAACUACGGGUUGUUUUAUCCCGACGAACAGAAGGUGUACAACAUUCCGUUGACGCUUGGGAAGCUUAAGGGCGGCGUCGAGUCGGAGCCAACGUGGAACGUCGAGAAGAGUCAGGUUCCGGUAACCAGAGGAGGGAGGGUGGAAACGACGUCGCUUCAUGGCCGGACUUGGUGAGUGGCUAAUGUACAAGCUGGGGAGAAGAGGUUGAAAGCCGCACUUGAUUAUGCUUGUGGUGAGGGAGGCGCUGAUUGCCGUCCGAUUCAAGAAGGUUCCACGUGUUACGAUCCCAACACGUUAGAUGCCCAUGCUUCGUAUGCUUUCAAUAGUUAUUAUCAGAGGAAGUCACGUGGAGCUGGCACGUGCGAUUUCGGUGGUGCCGCCUUGUGGUCACUCAGCCUCCCAGUAGGAUAUGGAAGUUGUGUCUUACCCGCCACAAGAUACUGAAAGAUCAUGAUGCGUUAAAUGAAGAAGUUGAAACUGGACUGGUUGAGUUUACUUUUAUUACUUUUUUUAACGUAUAUUUUAGUAUUUAAGGCAGGUUUACUUAAUCAUCAAUUUGUUUUGUAAUUAUUCAUACUUUUAUAACCUAGAAUACUUAGUUAUUUGUUA